CCCCAUUUUUGUUUAGUUCCAUUCACCCCACGCUUAUUUAAGCACCUCGCCUCUCAUUUGUCCUCCAAUUAAGAAAACCAGCACAAAACAACCUACGAAAAAACAAAAAACCACUCAACUCCUCUCUCUCUCUCUCUCUCUAUCUCUCUCUCUAUCUCCGUAUCAUAUCAUAAUAUGGCUCCGGAACUCGUGCGGGCAUCUGUAAAACCAGCGUCGUUUAAUGCGAAAGCGGCGAGUCUUCCGAGGCGAGCGUACGUGACGUUCCUGGCGGGCAACGGUGACUACGUGAAAGGCGUGGUUGGGUUGGCGAAGGGAUUAAGGAAGGUCAAAACGGCGUAUCCUCUGGUCGUUGCGGUUCUUCCCGAUGUGCCCGAAGAGCACCGUCGGAUCCUGGAGUCGCAGGGAUGCAUAGUCAGAGAGAUCGAACCCGUUUACCCGCCCGAGAGCCAGACCCAGUUCUCCAUGGCCUACUACGUCAUCAACUACUCCAAGCUACGUAUCUGGGAGUUCGGGGAGUACAGCAAAAUGAUAUACUUGGAUGGAGAUAUUCAGGUAUAUGAGAACAUAGACCAUCUAUUUGAAUUGGAAGACGGGCAUCUCUACGCAGUGAUGGACUGCUUCUGCGAGAAGACAUGGAGUCACACUCCACAGUACAAGAUCGGAUACUGCCAGCAGUGCCCUAACAAUGUCCAGUGGCCCACCGAGUCGGGCCCACCACCGGCCCUCUACUUCAACGCCGGCAUGUUGGUGUUUGAGCCCAGCCUCUCCACCUAUCACGACCUCCUCAACACCGUCAAGAUCACCCCUCCCACUCCUUUUGCUGAACAGGACUUUUUGAAUAUGUACUUUAGAGAUAUGUAUAAGCCUAUCCCACUUGUGUAUAAUCUGGUUCUGGCCAUGUUAUGGCGUCAUCCGGAGAAUGUGGAGCUUGAGAAGGUCAAAGUGGUCCAUUACUGUGCAGCGGGAUCAAAGCCAUGGAGGUAUACGGGGAAAGAAGAGAACAUGGAGAGAGAGGACAUAAAGAUGCUGGUGAAGAAAUGGUGGGACAUUUACAACGACGAGUCGUUGGAUUACAAGAAAUCAGUGGGAGUGGGAGCCACACAAAACGACGCCGAGCCGGUGAAUAUGCAGCCGUUCCUCGCCGCUCUCUCCGAGGCGGGAGCCGUCAAGUACGUCACGGCUCCAUCGGCGGCUUAAACGAGCCGAUCUCUCUAGUCUCUACAAAGCUGAUAUUGAAGAAGCAGGUGAUCAAGAGUACUUGAAAAGAACGUUUAGGUUUCUUUUUUUUUCUCCUAUGAGGGAUGGAAAUGGCUUUGGUGUUUGUGUUAAGGAAAUGGGGGGAUUAAUUAAUUAUAACUAAGCAUUUUCUGGGGUUAGUUUUGCUUUUGAUGCACGGGUCAAUCAUAAUCCUUUUUAUUGCCUUAAUUUGCUUGGGUAUCAACUCUGUCCCAACCUAAUUGGAGGCUUCUAGUGUUAAUUACGUCUGUUGAUAUACUUGUGUAUUUGUGAUUAUUAGGGUCGUGAGUUUUUGUCAUGCAAAAAAGAAAGAAAGAAAGAAAAAAAAAAGGCAACUGUAAUCUUUUCACAGACUUAUGGUGAAAUGCUAAUAUAUUAAUUACUCUUUUUGUAGAUUAUUCACCA